AUGAGGAUUUUAAAGGUUUAUGAAGUUGACGCACUUGACUAUCAUAAAUACAAUGAAGAUAAGUUUAAAGAGCAAGACAAGGAAAUGAUAUUAGGUAAAUUGCCAGACCACUUUGAGGUAAUGCAAAAAGUUAGCUUGGGACUAAGUGAUUUUCAAACUAUUAGCCCAGAAAUUCAAAAAUAGCAAUCAAUUGGAGUAUAACCGAUUUUAGAAUCUGGAUAAGAUUAAAAUAAUAAUUUAAGUAAUAGAACAAACUAUCUGAUGAAUUAACACACCUAGUCUGGACUGUAGAACCAAGUUAACUUAUAAGGAAACCUUCAAUAAAAUCAAUCUAAUGCAAAUUAAUCAAGAUACCCAUUUUAGAAUACACUUUAGAAUGCUGGCCAUCAAAAUUAAUACUAGCAAUAAAAUUAACAAUAGCAACAGAACUAGCCUAAAUAUCAAAACUAUAACAACAAUUGA